AUGACCGGCAAAGAACACACAUCCAACACCGAACCUAAAUCCUCCUCCCUGCAUCCAGCCUAUACGGUGACCAACAUUCAAAACAAGGUUCGCACUCUCGACGGCACCAAGGUUACGUAUUCAUCAUGGGUAAAGCUUUUCAAGUUACAUGCAAAAGCUUACAAGGUUCUUGAUCAUAUCGACGGCACGACUGCACCAAAGGAAGGCGACGAUGACUAUGAUUCCUGGCAAGAGAUCGACGCCCUUAUUCUCCAAUGGAUAUACGCCACGCUAUCCGACGAGUAUUUGGUUCGGGUUCUUGAAACCGAUGCUACGGCACGAGCCACAUGGGUGAAACUUGAAGGUAUUUUUCUUAAUAACAAAGGUUCUCGAGCUACGACUCUUGAGCAUGACUUUACAAAUCUCACACUUGGAGCUUGUGCAUCCCUCGACGAAUAUUGUCAGAAACUUAAAGACAUCGCCGAGCAACUAGGCGAUGUCGGCUUUCCGGUUAGCGAGCCACGGCUCGUUAUGCAACUUGUUCGAGGCCUACCGUCCGAGUAUGAUGUUACCGCUGCCCUCAUCAAUCAAACCUCCCCUACAUGGGAUGAAGCUCGCACCAGUCUGCAAAAAGAACAACAACGCCAAGCCGCCCGCCAAAACAACAUGUUUGGGUCUACCCACUUAAAUUUAAAUCCGAAACGUUUCCUACCUUUGCUAAAUUUCAUAAACUAA